GGCAACCUCUGAUUGGCAGUAAGGGGUUCACGCCCCAUCUCCUGCUCGAGCACAACCAGAACAGCCAAUCAGAGCGAGGACUGACCGAAACGACCCAAUCCUGGAGCCGGGUGAGGGCGGGGGCGGGGACAAAUGGCUCAGGUGGACUCCGUGCUGGAGCGGUCUUGGGGAAGUUUAUUUGCUGCUGCUGCUGCUGAGUUGGGGAUACGGUCGGCAGGUAGAAAGCCCUCUCUGAGCGGAGCCAUGAGCCGCUUCCUGAACGUGUUACGGAGCUGGCUGGUCAUGGUGGCCAUCAUAGCCGCGGGAAACACGCUGCAGAGCUUCCGAGACCACACCUUCCUCCACGAGAAGCUCUACACCGGCCAGCCAGGCCUCGUGAAUGGCCUCCAAGCUCGGACCUUUGGGAUCUGGACGCUGCUCUCAUCAGUGAUUCGCUGCCUCUGUGCCAUCGAUAUCCACAACAAGACGCUCUACCACAUCACACUCUGGACCUUCUUCCUCGCCCUGGGGCACUUCCUCUCUGAGUUGUUUGUGUAUGGGACUGCGGCUCCCACGAUUGGCGUCCUGGCACCACUGAUGGUGGCAAGUAAGCAUCCAUCCACCCUCGACCCCCGAGAGGAACGGUCCCAGCCCUAGAGCUGGUGCUGGAGAGCAGACCCACAAGCUAAGAACUGCUAACAGAGCUGGUGCCGGAACGCCCCAGGCACAGUGCACCUCUCUAGGGAAGAAAUGUACAGAAAACCGACGGCAGCAGCAUAUCCAAGUAACAGCCAUAAGGUGAACGCGACUGGGAGGGAGAGUGGCAGUAAGUAGGACAGUUCGGGAGAAAAACAGUGACGGAGCUGCAGGUGCUGAGACUGCGGACUCCGGCCAGAGCAGAGCGGUGCGAGGCUGGGGUGACUGUAGAACAAACACCUCGGCCACCCUCUGAAGCAGAGGCACAAACGACAGUGGGCCCUCUGAGCAGCCACGCUCCAUGAACUGUCUUCCUGUGUGCACAGCACAGAACGCGGUCAGGGUCACGUGAUGGGCGCUGAGGCGCAGCCCCCCCGGAGGUCGACAGUAACCUUUACAGCCUUGUGUGUAAAAGAUAACCCAGAUUUCCAGGAUGGUAACAUGGAUGUAAACAGGGCCACUUCUGUGGAAGGCCAAGGAGCUGCCCCUCCAGCCCUGAGCCCUCAGCCCUGCAGCCUUUUCCCACACCUUCGUCCUCAGAAAUGUGCGAGAGUCCUCUGGGGACUGCCAAAUGCCAUCUCUGCCCCCCCAAACGACAAGGCAGGCCACGUGAAGAAUCUUUUAUUGCCCUAAAACAUCUGGUAUUACGAAUAGAAAAUACAAACUGUUUAUAAUAAAGCAAUGGAUUCAGUAAA